AUGUCUACACACAGCGCCUCCAACGCCAACGAGCCACCGCAACAAGGUAACCGUCAGCUGUCAUCGCUUUCUUCAUUACCUGAGGAAAUCGUUUUAAGCUGCUUAGCGCGCGUCCCAAGAAAUUGUCACCUAAAACAUCGCUGGUGUCUCAAGAACCCUAAGAUUGAGAAAACUACGACAACAACAACAACGACGAAUGAGUAUUGUUUGGUUCCUACUAUGUUGCCUUCUCAUCCAUUAAUGACAGAAUCUUUGUCCGUCUCUGUUGGAUCAGAGAUCUACUUUGUUGGCUCCUCAACGCAAACACCUUCCACUGAUCUAUGGAUUCUUGAUACACGAUCUGGAAAGUUUGUCCAGGGACCAAGCAUGAAAAUUCCGCGCAGUCGUGUCCACACAUGGUUAGGAGUAAUCGAUGGGAAGAUAUACGUGAUCGGUGUCGUCGAUUUUGCAGGGCCUAAUGAAGAGAUCCAGGUGGAAAUUUUCGAUCCAGAAUCAAAAAUUUGGAAAUUUGCGGGGCAUGAGAAAGUGCGAGCUAGACAGUGCUAUCAACAGUUUAUUGCGUCGCUGGAGCAGAAGAUUUACAUGGUGUACGGUGGACGAACCGGUGUAUACAAUCCGAGACAAGGUAAAAGUGAGCGGUUGGUUCAUAUGGUAAAUGAGAAACUCGUUGGUAAGGAGACAAGGGAGAGGCUACGUGAAGGUUUAAGUAGCGUGUGUGUGGUAGAGAACAUUCUUUACGCUCAUUUUGAGAGUGGGUUGAUGUGGUUUGACACAAAGCUCAGUUUAUGGAGAAAAUUGGUCAGUCGUGACGGGAAGGAGGAACUGUUUCUCCCAAAUGUGCAUGCAAUGGCGGAAUACGAGGGAAAGCUAGUGGUUUUCAAAUACCUUUUCAAAUCUGGCGGUGACGCGAGUGUUGAGAUGUUUUUGUUCGCAUUGGAUAGGGUUAGAGAAACGAUUUGUGGGACGAUCGAGUGGUCUGGUAUUGUGGCCUCAGUCCCAUAUACUAUCCUCAGUGAUCUUUUGCAUUGUUUAGUUGUUUCCGAAUGA